AUGCGUGCAUCAUUAAGCAAGUCCGAUAAUGCAUUGAGCAGUCUUACUAGUGUUAUCAAUAGUCGAUUUAAACGUCAUCAUAGUAUUGAUGAUGAUUAUCCUGUGAUAUCAUCAUCGUCAUCAUCAAAUGAUGAAAAAAAAAUUCAUGUAGAUACUCAUUCGGAUCAUCGUGUACCAUUAAUAAAUGAUGAUGAUAAUAAUAAUACUGCUGCAACAACAACAACUACUACUACUAAUCAACAGAUGAUAUUUCAAAAAUCGUUAUUUUCAUCCGAGCUUAUGAAAGUUGUCGAAUGGUUUAAUCAACUUAAUGAUCGACAAAAGGAAACAUUACUUCGAGAAAUACUUAAUUCAUGUUCCAGUCCUCAAUGGCAUAUAUUAUCAUUGUUAACAACUGAUAAUUGGCAUCGAGAUUGCCCGUCGGAUUGUUCAGAUCCAUUGGCACAAUUACCAUUUGAUAUAUCGUUCUAUAUUCUAUCUUUACUCGAUCCAGUAUCAUUAGCUCGAUGUUCACGUGUAAAUAAAUUAUGGUAUUAUUUAUGUUCACAUCCAGAAUUAUGGCAUCAAUUAGCUAAACAUAAAAAAUGGUCAUUUUCAUCACAUUUACUUGAUCAACAACAAAUAGAAUUUCAUACAAAUGAACAGAGACAAGCACAAUGGAAACAAAUUUUCAUCGAACGUUAUCGUCUUCGUUCUCGUUGGUUAAAUGGAAGAUGUGAUGUUAAAACAUUCCAUGGUCAUGUUGAAGGCGUUUCUUGUGUUCAAUUUGAUAGUCAAACAAUUAUAAGUGGUUGUACAGAUGGUACAAUUAAAGUAUGGGAUAUGAAUACUACAAAUGAGAUUAUAACUCUUGUUGGUCAUUCACGCAGUGUCAGAUGUUUACAUGUUGAUGGUAUCAAUGAAGUACGAUUAGUUAGUGGAUCGAAUGAUCGUAGUAUCAAAGUUUGGAGUAUAUCAAUUAAUCAAACGUGGUCAAAAUGUGCAUGUAAAUUAACUUUAUUAGGUCAUACAGAUACUGUUCGAUGUCUCGUCGUUCGAGAUGAUAUAUGUGUAAGUGGUAGUCAUGAUCAUUCUGUUAAAGUAUGGAAUUUAACGAAUGGAUCAUGUCUUCAAACAUUAGUUGAUCAUACAGAUAAAGUACUUUGUGUUCAAUUUAAUUGGCAGUAUAUUGUCUCAGGAUCAACAGAUAAAACAAUAAAAAUUUGGCAUUAUUCAGAUGGUUCUUGUUUACGUACGUUAUCGGCUCAUAAUGGUUCAGUAACAUGUCUUUAUUUUGAUCAAGAACAAGAUUUAAUCGUGUCAGGUAGUCUUGAUUAUGAUAUACGUUUUUGGCAGUUAUCAACAGGUGAUUGUUGUCAAAAAAUUGAUUGGAUAUCAAAAGAAGGACAUCGUGGUGUUAUUCGAGCAUUAAAAGCAGAUAGUUGGCGUGUUGUUAGCGGAGCUGAUGAUAAGACAAUUAAGGUAUGGGAUAUACGAACUGGUGUUCGAUUAUGUACAUUAAAAAAUCAUACCGAUGGUGUCACUUGUCUUUCGUUUAAUGAUUAUAUGAUCGUGUCGGGUUCAUUUGAUGGCAGUGUUAAAUUAUGGAAUUUUCGGCCAUAA